UAGGCCGGGCUUGUGGCGCGCUGCUCCCUCCUCCUUACCCCCCCCUCCCUGUCCGGUCCGGGUUCGCUUGCCUCGUCAGCGUCCGCGUUUUUCCUGGCCCCCCCCAACCCCCCCGGACAGGACCCCCUUGAGCUCGUCCCUCAGCUGCCACCAUGAGCGACCAAGAUCACUCCAUGGAUGAAAUGACAGCUGUGGUGAAGAUUGAGAAAGGAGUUGGUGGCAAUAAUGGGGGCAAUGGUAAUGGUGGCAGUGCCUUUUCUCAGGCUCGAAGCAGCAGCACAGGCAGUAGCAGCAGCAGUGGAGGAGGAGGAGGACAGGAAUCCCAGCCAUCCCCUUUGGCUCUGUUGGCAGCAACUUGCAGCAGAAUUGAAUCACCUAAUGAAAACAGCAACAACUCCCAGGGCCCAAGCCAGUCAGGGGGCACAAGUGAGCUGGACCUCACAGCUGCACAACUCUCACAGGGUGCCAAUGGCUGGCAGAUCAUCUCUUCCUCCUCUGGGGCUACUCCUACCUCAAAGGAACAGAGUGGCAGCAGUACCAAUGGCAGCAAUGGCAGUGAGUCUUCCAAGAAUCGUACUGUCUCUGGUGGGCAGUAUGUUGUGGCUGCCACCUCCAAUUUACAGAACCAGCAAGUCCUUACAGGACUACCUGGUGUGAUGCCUAAUAUUCAGUAUCAAGUAAUCCCACAGUUCCAGACUGUUGAUGGGCAACAGCUGCAAUUUGCUGCCACUGGGGCCCAAGUGCAGCAGGAUGGUUCUGGUCAAAUACAGAUCAUACCAGGUGCAAACCAACAGAUCAUCACAAAUCGAGGAAGUGGAGGCAACAUCAUUGCUGCUAUGCCAAAUCUACUUCAGCAGGCUGUCCCCCUUCAAGGCCUGGCUAAUAAUGUCCUCUCAGGACAGACUCAGUAUGUGACCAAUGUACCGGUGGCCCUGAAUGGGAAUAUUACUUUGCUUCCUGUUAACAGUGUUUCUGCAGCUACCUUGACUCCUAGCUCUCAGGCAGUCACGAUCAGUAGCUCUGGGUCCCAGGAGAGUGGCUCACAGCCCGUCACCUCAGGGACUUCCAUCAGUUCUGCCAGUUUGGUAUCAUCACAAGCCAGUUCCAGCUCCUUUUUUACCAAUGCCAAUAGCUAUUCAACAACUACUACCACCAGCAACAUGGGAAUUAUGAACUUUACCACCAGCGGAUCAGCAGGGACCAAUUCUCAAGGCCAGACAUCCCAGAGGGUUAGUGGGCUGCAGGGUUCUGAUGCUCUGAACAUCCAGCAGAACCAGACAUCUGGAGGCUCACUGCAAGCAAGUCAGCAAAAAGAGGGAGAGCAAAACCAGCAGUCUCAGCAGCAACAACAAAUUCUUAUCCAGCCUCAGCUAGUCCAAGGAGGACAGACCCUCCAGGCCCUUCAAGCAGCACCGUUGUCAGGGCAGACCUUUACAACUCAAGCUAUCUCCCAGGAAACCCUCCAGAAUCUCCAGCUUCAGGCUGUUCCAAACUCUGGUCCCAUCAUCAUCCGGACACCAACAGUGGGGCCCAAUGGACAGGUCAGUUGGCAGACUCUUCAGCUGCAGAACCUCCAAGUUCAGAACCCACAGGCCCAGACAAUCACCUUGGCCCCAAUGCAGGGUGUUUCCCUGGGGCAGACCAGCAGCAGCAAUACCACCCUUACACCCAUUGCCUCAGCGGCCUCUAUCCCCGCGGGCACAGUCACUGUGAAUGCUGCUCAACUCUCCUCCAUGCCUGGCCUCCAGACUAUUAACCUCAGUGCUUUGGGUGCUUCAGGAAUCCAGGUGCACCAGCUUCCAAGCCUGCCAUUGGCUAUAGCAAAUGCUCCAGGUGAUCAUGGAGCUCAGCUUGGCCUCCAUGGGGCCAGUGGUGAUGGAAUACAUGAUGAUGCAGCAGGAGGAGAGGAAGGAGAAAACAGCCCAGAUCCCCAACCCCAGGCUGGUCGGAGGACCCGGAGGGAAGCAUGCACCUGCCCCUACUGUAAAGAUAGUGAAGGAAGAGGCUCUGGGGAUCCUGGCAAAAAGAAACAGCACAUUUGCCACAUUCAAGGCUGUGGCAAAGUAUAUGGCAAGACCUCACACUUACGGGCACACUUGCGUUGGCAUACAGGAGAGAGGCCAUUCAUGUGUACCUGGUCAUACUGUGGGAAACGUUUCACACGUUCAGAUGAGCUACAAAGGCACAAACGCACGCACACAGGUGAGAAGAAAUUUGCCUGCCCUGAGUGUCCCAAGCGCUUCAUGAGGAGUGACCACCUGUCAAAGCAUAUCAAGACCCACCAGAAUAAGAAGGGAGGCACAGGUGUAGCCCUGAGUGUGGGCACGUUGCCCCUGGACAGUGGGGCAGGUUCAGAAGGCAGUGGUGCUGCCACUUCUUCAGCCCUUAUUACCACCAAUAUGGUAGCCAUGGAGGCCAUCUGUCCAGAGGGUAUUGCUCGUCUUGCCAACAGUGGCAUCAACGUCAUGCAGGUGGCGGAUCUGCAGUCCAUUAAUAUCAGUGGCAAUGGCUUCUGAGAUCAGGCACCCAGGGCCAGAGACAUAUGGGUUAUACCCAUUAACCCUGGGAUGCAAGGUAGCAUGGGUCCAAAAGACAUGUGGGAGAGAGAGCCAUGAGGCAUUAAAAUGCAUGGUGGUGGGAAGAAUUGGGGAGGAAUACAAGAGAAGAGAUGGGGUCCUGGCACUUACCUAUAGCAUCAGUGCCUCCUUGCAGUGGAAAACAUCAGUGAAAAUUCUGUUGGUGCCACCCUUUGAUGAGAGUUUGACCCCAGUUUCUUCUUAUAUUUCUUACCCAGCUUCCCUGUCCUGCGUUUCCCUUCUCAGCUCCCUCAUGAUGGAUCCCCCCCUUUCCUAAAGCCAUCAUGCCUUGAUAAAUAUAUAUGAUCAUUGAAAUACUUUUUAACAAAAAACAGAUUCUAUAUUAUAUAUAUAUAUAUAUAAAAGAUAUAUAGAGAUGCAUUUGCAGGGGUUGGCUGGGAGGAGGAAGGAGACCAUUCUAUGACCAAAAUACCUUGGUCAUUUUUUUAUAUUGCCUUAUUUCCUUAUGGCUGAGCCUUGUUGUGACACAUCAAGCUUCUGUAGAUGUUGUCUUGGCUUCCCACUAGAUUAAGCAUCCAUAUGCUCUGCUUUUAGUUUAUAUAUACAUACAUAUUGUUUUUCUUAAUUUUGUCUUUUUAUUUGGGAUCAGCUUCUUGCACUCCUUUCCUGACUCCAUCCUUUCUGUCUCCCUUUCUCUCACCUGAUCAUUUCAUGUUUUUGGAAGUGAUCCCUGGAUGAGGCACUUCUGUGAAUCUUUUAAAGUCUUAAGUACCAGCAGCAGAAUGGAGAAACCUUGAAGCCCAGGAUGAUGCUUGAAGUAACUGUGUGUGGAGAAAGUGUUCAAAAUACUGCUUACUGACGCAGGCACCCUCUUGGUGCUGGAGAGUCAAGGGCACCACUCCAUCAGCUGCUCUAAGCAUCACGAGUCAGAAGUCUUUCUAUGUAAUUGUACAAGAGAUCCUUUGAAGAUUAUAAUCUGGGAUCAGUUGUAUAAAUUAUCAAAAGAUGGUCACGUCAUAGAUGGGGGCUUUUAAUAAGAAAAUGAUGUGCUCAGAAGCAGAAGUGACUCAGUAGUCCAGUUCAGGAGUUAGUGGAGUAUUUGGACUUUUGUACAGCUGUCUUCCAAGGUGGCUCUAAGCUUUGAUUUUACAUAAGCUGAGUUCACAUUCUGAAAGGAAGUACGCUUCCUCUUUUGAACAUCCCCAGUAGUGUCUUUCCCGUUAUGUUAUUAAGGAGCAUCAGGCAAUGAAUCUCUUCCAGGUUUCCAUUCUGCAGAACUCCAGAGCAUGGACUAGUGGUAAGGCAGUGGUCCUUUGAUCUUUUCCCUUAUCUCUUCCUUGGGUGGUUCCUAAGGAAAAAGGAAGCACAUGAUCAUGGGAACAAUAGCCCAGAACAAAAACCACUGUUGUUUAUGGGAGAGAUUGGGAGAAACCAUCCUACUUUCUUCAUGGCCUAAUUCCUGAAGAUACUGAUCCAAAAAUUAUAGCGGCAGGGAACUCUUAGUGCAUUUGGCACUGAGAUUUAAAUGCAACCAGAGUUGUCCUCAAGGCCCAGCCAUUAAAACAUCGGCUCUCUUGACCUUCUGGUGUCUUGUCAGAGGGCUUUUCACUGUGAGGAAGUGUGGAAAUGGCUGCGUGUAUGUGUGUAAUCUGUUAGGUUGGGGAUAGGUUUUCUGUUAGCCAUUACUAAAAGAGACCUGCAAUAAAAAAUUACCCUGAUCUGAUAGUGAAGUGUUUGUGUAUGACUGUGUGUGAGUGUGUGUUCGUGCCUGUAUAUAUCUACACACAGAUGAGAAAUUAUAUUUAACAUUGUUGGAAAAUAAAUUCAGAUCAAAAUGCCUUUCAGGCCCAUUACCUAGAAAUUUAUCUUAAAAUCUAGGUAUGUUCCUGAGGUCAUUUCUUUGCUUAUGCUAAAUUAGUUACAAUUAUGAAUGGGGGAUAUUUUUUUAAUAUAUUUUAUUGAUUAUGCUAUUACAGUUGUCCCAAUUUUUCCCCCUUUGUCCCCCUCCACCUGGUACCCCCAGUCCCUCCAGCAGUCUCCCCACCACCGUAGUUUGUGUCCAUGGGUCAUGCAUAUAAGUUCUUUGGCUACUCCAUUUCCUAUACUGUUUUUAACAUCUGAAUGGGGGAUAUUCUACUGCACUUUGAAAAGAAGAAACUAUUUUUGUGUUUGAAGGUGAAACCAUCUAUUGCAGAAUCCUAGUUCCUUUCAUAAUUUUUUUUACCUUGACUACAAACAGAUGAUGCUAUGAUUCUACUAUAUUUUUAUAUAAAAUCUAUCCAAAUUAGGGUUUGGGUAAGUUUGCAUUGUUUAACCUGAAGUACAAUAACUGUUAACAUUCUAAACAAAGUUGAUUCCACUUUGUCCUUUCUCUGCAGACUUAAUACUGUUUUAACACUCAGGAACCAUUGCAAGGAACUUUCUCCAGAUCAAAUUAAUACUAAAGUAAAAGUCAUCCAAGCCCAGCCGUAUGUCACAACCCUUUAUUGCCUGAAGGGCAGAACUCAAGAGUCUGUUAUUUUAUGGCUGUAAUCAUGUACAUAGACAUCUUUUGGAGGAAAGAGGCAGGAUAACUCACUGGAGUUUGCAGUAUUUUGCUAGAGCAUUUGAAGGAAUGGAAUCUUCCCCAGUAUGAAAUUAUUAAACUAGCUUACUGAAGCUGAGGACUACAAGCUUUUAGGAUGUUAUUUUAAUGAUGUUUCUCUCUGGCAUGGAAUGUUGGUUUACCCUCCACCCCUUUCAUUAGCAUUAAUAUGAGUGAAUUUAUAGCUAAUUCUUUCCACUUGCCCUAUUUUCUUCUCACCAAGGAAGCUCCAGACCCUGUAUCUUGUUGGGCCCCACAAUUGAAGCAGCUUCUGCUUUUGUCUCCCAGCAGCAGUGAGCCGGUCUUUUCCACAGGAAGUUUGGAGCCUACAUUCCUUGAGUCAGGAGCUAUUGCUGAAAAUCCCUUUUUUUGAACUUUAGUCAGCAGAAAUUAGUGUAACUGACAGGCAUACUGAUUCUAAAUUUUUUUUACAUGAGUUCCUUUUUUAUUUAAUUUUUAACAAAAACGACCAAACCUUGAAGAGGAGUGGUAAUAUUAAAGCACUCAUUCCCUUAUUCUUUCAGGUUGCCCAUUCACUUUCAUUUGCUUGUCAUUUGACUUGGCGCACUUUGCACCCGGAGCAGUAACAACCCACACCAUCUUCCUUCAGGGACCUCCCAGUCGGCACUGUGUGGGUGCUAUGCAGAAUUAAGUAUAAUGGAUAUUUCUCAGCCUGAUUCAGAAUAAUAGAACCCUUGAUCCCAGAAAGAAUAGACUGCAGUGUGGAGUAAAGAUUAUGAUCAGGGGAGGGUUAGAGACAAAAGCUGUAAAUUACUAUGGCUGGUUGAUUUUUUUCUACUAUAUACAUAUAUAUAUAUAUUUUUUGCUUUUAUAUAUCCUACAUAGGAAACUAAGCAUUGUAUUUUUUUAACAAAUCUGAGAAAGCACUAUGAACUGCAGAUGUUUGACUUUCAGAAUAUAUUUUGUAUUACUAUCUUCACAUUGUGCGAAUGAAUACUGGAAGCUGCAGAUCUUUGCUAGGAUGCAAUAAAUUUAUAUCCUUUUCGAGGGGUUCUGGGGGUAUUAAUCAAGCCCCUGUUAUGUUUUGAGGGAGCUCUGGUGCUACUU